UUUUCGUGCUAUUUAGAAUGCAUUGUGACGUCACAAUUCCCAUUGAAAAGACAUGCAUAGUACGAAUUCAUAUGACGUACGAACAACAUAUGAUCUGACGAUAUGUGGAAUACUUUUAAAAAGGAAUUUUAUUGUGCCCGUGUAAUAUAUAAAAGCCAUAUUUUCCAUGUGGAUUUUGUGUCCGUGUAUUAUGAGCCUUGAUUUUUAAAUCCUUUUGGAUGUGUUCCUCAUUUGCAGAAGGAAGGUACAGAAAAAGAAGAAGAAAGUUGACCGUAGGUACUCGUUGCUCUCCCCUGUACAAACUAAGACUUCCAAUAAUUUCACCACAAAUGAAAUCCCCCGACAAUUUUAAAAGUUUGUAACAUAUCACCACAACGUCGUCUUUUCCUAUCUAUGUUAGUCAUGGAAGUAAAGGACAAAAUUAGAUAUUUUAUUGCCAAAUGUGCAAAUAUAAAAUCACUACAGACUUGUAUCAACAACAGCAGAUGGGCCUGCAGAGACAGAGUUACCUCCCCUAUUCAGCCUAGAGAAAUAUUGUCAUCAGCGUUUCAGACUUCAAUUGUUAUUAUAAUAUUCAGUGUAAAUAAUUGCCAUGGUUGGCAUGGAUAUGUUACGAUGCAGUCUGAACCAAAAAUUGAUGCAAAUAGCGAUAAAGAAUUUGAUGAGGAUUCAGAGAAAUCAGAUGAUGUCGCUGUGGGAAAAGAAAUGCUGAAUACCAAUAAUUUGAAAAGGGAUGAUGAUCUGUCACCAUGGUUUUAUUUCAAUUUGAAAUGGAUUACUGAAUAUUCGUCUCAAUUUGGAGAACAAUGUCUUCCGUUCCAAAAAACAGCAAACUUUUACUGUAUUGAUAAAAUGCCACUAAAUAAAGCCAGGAAUUGGCAUGAAAUUGAUAAGGAAACUGGCCAAGAACUUUGUAAACAAAUGGAUGAGCAUUAUAAAAAGUUAAAAAUGAAACAGGAAGAAAAGGUCAAAUUACAUGAAAGCAGACUACCACCACCCUUCAUGAGACCUGCAAGGAACACAGAAAACUUUAUUGAAAAUUGGUCACAGUUGGUAAAGAAGGUUGAGAAUGAAUUAGGAACAGUUUUAUUGGCAUGUCCUUUUGGAAGUCAGAGGUACAACUUAGAUACAGAGAAAAGUGAUAUGGACAUGUUUGUUAUAUACCAAGCUGAUACAAAGUCAUUACUAGGGUUUGAUAAACAACCUCCUCAAACUGUUAAGAGUAGUGAGAGGGAGGCUUUAGAUUAUACAGUACAUGAAGUUUACAGAUAUGGAGAGUUACUAUUGGCAGGAGACCAUAGAUGUGUAGAGACUUUAUUUUUACAAGAAUCAUCAUAUGUUGCUUCUUCUGAAACUAUCAAACAACUUUUAUUGAAAAGGCAUUUAUUUUUAAACAGUUUAUGUCUAGAUAAAUAUUUAAGAGAUGCUUUAGGUAAUAAAGGACUUAAAUUAUUUGAGAAAUGGACUAAAGAUAAGCCAUAUGAUCUUCAGAUGACUGAAAGACAAUCAAAAUUGGCAUACAUAAUCAUUAGGCUCUUACAGAAUGCAAAGAAUGUUGUUGAUAAAGAAGAUCUUCAAGUUUUCAGAUUAAAGGAAUCACCAGAGAGAAAUCUACUAAUGUCACUUAAGUCAAUGGAAAAUAUACCACCAAUACAAUUUGUUCUAGAUGAAAUCAAUAGGUUAAAGAAUUAUAUAGAUGAAAAUAAAGACAAGGUUCCUGAAGCAUCAGAAGAAUUAAAGCUGUUUAUGAAUGAUUGGAUAUUGACUCUUAGAAAAGAGAGAUUUAUAUGAAUAUAUUAUAACAUGUUUGGUGAAAAAAAAAUUGUGAUAAUGAUCUGUGAUAGACAUUCUUAUUAUGGGGUCAUCCGUAAUUCUCUUUCAAUAUUUCCGAAUCAUAGAUGUAGUGAAAAACAGUACUGUAGUUGAAAGUUGCUGCCAUCAAUUGGACAGUCAUAAAUAAAGUUAUACUCAGUCUGAUAUUUGCCAACGAAUUAAAGCUUUAAACUGAAGGUUAUUCAUUACUUAUACAAUUCAAAUUUUGAUAUCGCAAUAAAACUACUAUUUCAGAAAUACUAGUUGUAUUAAUUUUGUUUUAAAGUAUGAAUCAAUCAUGGAUUUCACCAUGUUAUUAUGGAGGCUCACUGGUUAGUUAGGACAUGAUAAUUGUGGAUUUGAUGUUGAUUAAUGGACAAUAAAAAAAAUAUUUUAAGA